GUGAAGAGUGUGCUAUCACGUGCUUUGUAUUUUGCAUUGGUCUUGCUCGCACCGAGUACGAUGCGCCAAUACGAAACGAAACGAUGAAUAAUAAAAGUCCGAAGAAAAACGUCACUUGCAAGGCUGAGCUUGGUGUUUCCGCAGUGCCGACAUAUCUUGGCGGGAAAUUGAUUAACAACGAAAAAGAAUCCAAAGAUUUCACUCUUCUGAAGAACAUAUAUACAUAUAAAGCAAUGUAAAAAUCAUUCUUCCAUGGUCUAUCAAAAGACCUUCAAAUCAAUAUCAUAAUUCACCAGUCAAGAUGUCAUCUCCAGCACGUCAAUCUCCUUCACCAAUUCACCACUCUCCAAUACUUCCUGAAGCUCCAAAGGAAAGCGCAGUAGUGAGGCUGAUAAUCGCCCCCAUUACCUUUAUUUCCUUCCUCAUAUCUCUCUUGAUUAUCGAUAGUCGUAAUAGUUAUCUUCGCGUUCACCAACACUCGGAACCCCGCACAUACCCCAAUACUUUCAUCGGGCGCAUUCAAGAAUUUCUUCACAGAUUGAUCUACAAACCACAGCCAUAUGCAUAUAUCAAAUCACCAUCUCGAGGACAAAAUGCGGAAGGGAUCAAGAGGAAGGGAGAGGAGCCAUGGCAUUGGAAUACCAAACAGAAGAAAAUGAUGAAGAUGGAGGUUUCGGAUGCUUUCAAGUUUAGACAAUGGGUAUUGGUUGGAAUGGCUGUUGUCGCGACGGGGUUUGGGUUGCUGGUUUUAUAUCUUGGGAAUUGGAUGUGGCAGAUUUGGUAUUGAGAUGGCUUGGAUAGCUAUUCGACAUACUGGAAAAGGAGGACAAAUUGGAUCUAGGACCGAGGAGAUAUAUUGUGCUGGAACGUUGGAAUAGCAAACCGAAAACAAUAUAUCUGAACACCAUUUGUCAAGAAGGGCACGACAUGAGGAUAUUGAGAGGCUCUUGGUAACCUGGCAUAUAAAGAAUCUUGUCAUUGUCAUCUCCAAAACAAUAGCUUAGAUGUUAGACAUACUCGAUCAAUUAUGUAGGUACUCAGGCCCAGGCCAGGUUAGAUCAUCCAUCCAAUCAUCCAUGACGCAACACAAUACUUGAGCCAUGGUAUGCACUUAAUCCAUGUUUAUCGGAUGAAACCA